AUCAAUGUUUAUUUUCCUUCUUUUAGAGUGAACUGGAUGACAUGGAAUAUAUGUAUGACCUCUUCUCCGUCAUUAUUCACAAAGGUGGCUGCUAUGGAGGUCAUUACCAUGUGUACAUUAAAGAUGUUGAUCAUCUUGGCAACUGGCAAUGUCAAGAGGAGAUAAGUGAUACAGAUGUGAAUGUGAAAGCUCCUCAGAGUGAAGAAGAGGCUAAUGAUCCAUUGGUGGUUCUAAAAACAAUCUUAUUGCAGGAGGAGGCCAAUCAAAUUCCUGUUGAUCAACUAGGUCAGAAACUCUUGAAAAAAACAGGAAUAUCUUGGAACAAGAAGUACAGGAAACAGCAUGGACCACUGCGAAAGUUCUUACAGCUCCAUCCUCAGAUAUUUCUGCUCAGCACAGAUGAAAGUACAGUUAGUCUCCUGAGGUACCAUCUUACCCAGGCCCCAUCUGACCUACAGAGCUGUGAACAUAUUCUACAUACACUUGCUUCAGAAUCCCCAGGCUUGAAUGAUGACACCAGCUGUCCACACUGGUUUGAUAUCAAUGAUUCCAAAGUCCAUCCAAUCAGAGAGGAAGAUAUCACACAGCAGUUCCAGGGUAAAGAAAGUGCCUACAUGCUGUUUUAUCGGAAAGCCACGUUACAAAGGCCCACUGAAGCUCGAGCCAAUCCAAGAUACAGAGUUCCAUGUCAUUUGCUGAAGGAAAUGGAUGCAGCCAACAUUCUACUGCAGAUGAGAAGGGCAGAAUGUGAUUCUGCAAACAGUACUUUUGAGUUGCAUCUCCAUUUGGGUCCUCACUACCGUUUCUUCAAUGGGGCUCUUCACCCUGCAGUCUCUGAGACAGAGAGCGUGUGGCACUUAACGUUUGAUAAAAGAAAAACUUUAGGAGAUCUUCGUCAGUCAAUAUUUCAGCUCUUGGAAUGUUGGGAAGGAGACAUGGUUCUUAGUGUUGCGAAGCGUGUGCCAGCAGGACUUCAUGUGUACCAUACCCUCGAUGGAGAUGACUUGACACUGUGUGAAGCUGAGGUUGCUGAUGGGGAAGACAUCUUUGUAUGGAAUGGGGUAGAGGUUGGUGGAGUCCAAAUUCAGACUGGUUUUGAUUGUGAACCUCUGCUGUUAAACAUUCUUCAUCUAGAACUAAGUGGUGAAGGCUCAAAAUGUGAGCAGUUGGUGGAGUCACCACAUGUCUUUGCCGCUAAUGCAGAAGUGGGCACUGUGUUCACAGCCUUGGGCACUGCAGCAGGCGCCAUCCUCAUGAACAGUGUGGAGUCUGCAGAGGAAGAGUGCUGGACUGCUAUUCCCAAAGAAGACAUGAAGAAGACAUUCAGAGAACAAGGUCUCAGAAAUGGAAGCUUAAUUUUGGUUCAAGAUUCAGACAGUGAUAAUCGCAGUCUGUUGCCCAAACAAGGGAGAGGGACCAACAGCAUGAAUGAGCUCAACUGGCUCCAAGUGAAAAAUUUCUGCCAGUCAGAAUCUGAAGAGAAGCAGCUUCAGAUAGCUGUGACCAUGCACACAGUGGUGUUUGAUAUUCGAAUUAAAGCCAUAAAGGAAUUAAAAUUAAUGAAGGAACUAGCUGAGAACAGCUGUUUGAGACCCAUUGAUAGAAACGGGAAGCUUCUUUGUCCAGUCCCAGACAGUAGCACUUUGGAGGAAGCAGAGGUGAAGAUGGGAAGCUCCGUGGGCCUGUGUCUGGGAAAAGCACCAACUUCCUCUCAGCUGUUCCUGUUUUUUGCUCUGGGGACUGACAUUCACCCUGGGGCAGAGAUGGACAUCAUAGUAGAAGAAACACUCUCAGUGAGAGAUUGUUUAAAGAUAAUGCUGGAGAAGUCAGGUCAGCAAGGAGAGAUGUGGCACUUAAGAAAAAUGGAUUGGUGCUAUGAAGCUGGUGAACCUUUAUGUGAAGAGGAUGCAACACUGAAAGAGCUUAUGAUACGCUCUGGGGAUACUUUGCUUGUAACUGAAGGGAAACUUCCUCCUCCGGGUCACUUGAAGAUGCCCAUCUGGUGGUACCAGCCUGCAAGGCUGUCAGGACACUGUGAGAGUCUGGACCACUUAAACUGUGCCUUUUCUCAAGGUAGCAGCUGGAGGGCUGCUCCCACCCAAGGUGCUCCUGGCCCCGAGCCUGCAGAAGUCUCUCUCCUCUACUUGGGGGAUAUAGAGAUCUCAGAAGAGGCCACAUUGAUGGAACUGAAGUCUCAGGCCUUGGCCUUGCCUUCUGUUUCGAAGCUCGCUGUCCAGUCCACAGCCCUGCUCAGAGUCUGGACAGUGGAGAGCAAGCGCCCCAGCAGGCUCUUGCGCACUAACUGGCGGCAACUCAAGGAGUACAGACUGGGCCGGAAAGCAGAGCUCUGCCUAGAGCUCCUUCAAAAAGAGGAGGACUUGGGGCCCCAAGAUGUACUGCUGAGGACACAGCUCCGCAUCCCUGGUGAAAGAGCCUACUCCCUGGCAACAGACCUGGUAUGGGACACUACCAGAGGAUGGACUGCUGGCUCCUUGAGGCAGAGAGUAGCUGACUUCUAUUCUCUUCCUGUGGAGAAAAUUGAAAUUGCCAAAUAUUUUCCUGAAAAGUUUGAGUGGCUUCCAAUAUCUAGCUGGAAUCAGCAAGUUGCCAAAAGGAAAAAGAAGAAAAACCAAGAUACUUUGCAAGGGGGACCAUAUUACUUGAAAGAUGGAGACACUAUUGGCAUUAAGAAUCUCCUAUUUGAUGACAAUGAUGAUUUCAGCACAAUCAGAGAUGACAUUGGAAAGGAAAACCAGAAGCGGCUAGCUUUGGAAAAAAAGAAAAGCCGAGAAGUCCACCGUGCACAGAGCAGCGAUUUGUUCUCCAACGCAGGGAUGCCCGCUAGGUUCCGGGGACCAGAAGCUUCUCUGUCCAUCCACGUUGCAAGCUUCAGAUAGCCCCCGCAGCAGUAUUUCCUGUGCUCCAGAUAGAACUGUCCUGUCAGUUCUAUGACAGACACCUUGUGGCUUUAUGGUGGACAAGUUGGUUGCCUCCACAGCCAGUGAUCUCAAGUCUUCAGCUUUGUGACAGGCGAAAGGAUGGCACUUCUCAGACCAAGCAAGUGCGACUGAUUACUAGCUCUGUGACACAGCAGCUGCAGAGCCGGCUCAGACUCAGACACUAUGCCCGGAAUAGACCUUUUACCUGUGGCAUGUGGCAUGUGGCCUGUGGCCUCUUUCCAGAAAGUAUACUUCUGGACAAUGGCAAGUUGCUCAAAGAGGCCAAAUCUGAUAGGUAAGCCACAAGGUCAGUUACUUACCCACUCUUGAGGUGACCAGUUAGUCAUCUAGUUCUGGCACCUUACUGACGCUGCAAGGAAGGAUGUGUGUCCUGACUUCAUUCCCAGUUUUCCAUCCUCACUAUGCCAUGUGCCUCCUCUUGAGCCAAAUUCAAAGUAGAACUCUAAGCUAGCUUGCAGGAAAAGCUAUGUAUGGCAUUCACCUGCUGUGUUAUCUACCACCUAUGUACUCUGGCAAGAGGCAGGACAAUCAAAGAAGCCUAGCACAACAAAUGCAGGCUCCCAUUUGUCUUGGGAAAACUGAGGCCUCUUCCUUCUCAGUCAGCACAGGUAACUGAGUGAAGAGAUUUGGUAUUUAUGUACUGUAAUUAAUACACUAUCAAAACACCAUCUAUUACUGAACUAGCAGGUUUAGGAUCUGGGCUGACUUAGCCUAUGACAGACAGUAUUCCUAAGAGUUGUUGUCAGGGUAUCAGUUUCUUACAGCUCUUCCAUGUCUUCCUGUAACAGAACUGAUGUGGUGUAAGACAAAGACAAAGUGCCUCUGGCCUGGGCUUCAGCUAGCCCCUGCUGGCCUGGGCUUCAGCUAGCCCCUGCUGGCCUGGGCUUCAGCUAGCCCCUGCUGGCUUUUCACAUUUCUGGUGCAGCUAUGCUGGCUUCUCUGUGGAGCUGAUGCUCAGCUGGUAAUCUUGCUCUUCCUUUGUCUUCCCAACAUCAUUUGCCAGAGUCGAUGUCACGUUAGGUGACUGCUUCUUUUGAAGCCCCUGUAUUAUAAGAUGUUGGACUUGGACUAGUUACCUUUUCUGGCCAUGUCCUUGUAGCUACACACCAAGGGGUUCUGGGAGACCCAAACAGUAAACAUUACUUGACCACAACUGAGCCCUCUGGAUACUGGAUACUGUUUCUUGUACUGUAACUGACAUAGUUCCUUAGUUUGUCCCCAGUCUCUGGCAAUACAGUACUGAUGUACUAGCUCAGACACUUUGCUUUCAGGAAGCCAGAGGCUCCCUGACUCUCUUAGUACCUGGAGGAGCCAGAAGACAUGCCUCAAGUGCUGGCUGCAGCCUUAGUCUGUUGACAGGCCUAUCUGGUUGGUUUCUUGUUUGCGUGUUUGUUUGGAGAAUAAAAUAGACAAAACAGGGAAAAACACUAAGACUUUAUUAAAGAAGAAAAUAAAACGUGUUUAAAGUUGCAGUCCUCAACUCUGUCAUAUACUGUCUGCCGCCUGUGUUCUGCUGCUUGAAGAACUUGUGUGACUUUUUCUUCAGCAGCACAACUUUCUUUUUUUUCUAGACAUUCAACAAACAUGAGUUAUAUUAGAAAAACUGAUUUUGGAAAUAAAUAUAUUUUGGCUUAAAAUAAAUGUAGACUCUUGGGAACGUGUACUGAAGACCUGGCUGUUGAGUAGUUCUGUUCACUAUUCUGGGGAAUAGGAUCUGGCCAGGGCCAUUUCAGUAGGUACUAUGAAUUUCCUGGCAAUCCAAAAGUGGUUUCACAGCUGCUAGCUUCCCCCUAGGUCAGAUAUAAUUAUGAGAGACUCAACAAUACCAGAACCGCCACACUACCUGCAGGAGCACAGCAGUUCAGCAAGCCAACCAUCCAUGUGGGAAGGUGAAUGACGGGCACCCUGACAAGAAGCAUGAAUGGCAACUGCUGUCCAGAAGUUUUUGUUGUUGCUAGUGACUAACCCAGAGCUACGCUGGCUGAACUGCACAUCAGCAGACCCUUGGAAUAUAACAGCUCUGUUCUGCUUUAUAGCUACCAAGUCAGCUCUCUUCAGAACCGCUAGCAACUGUCAGCACAGAAAUGA